GCCACGCGCGUUCGAGAGCAAGCAAAUACAGCAAAGAAAGAAAGAAGUUGAGUAAAUAAGAAAAGAAUGGUAUGUUCGUUGUAGAUGCCAGAGAAGUGUUGAGGUUUAAGAAAGAAUCACUCACUAGUAGUGGAAUUAGUGGAAUAGAUCAGAAUCAUCAGAUAGAAAUGGCGAAUCAGUUGGGAAAUCUGGUGGAGUCGAUAAAGUCAAAGGUGAGGUCACUGAAGAAAAAAGCGAAGAAGCCAUACGUGAAGAUGGACAAGAGUGCAAGCGUCAAGGUUGAGAUUCGCAGCAGAAAAGCUCGCAAGCUCAUAGACAAGACCUUAAAAGCUGCUGAUACUCCCGGCAAGCAAGCCCUCUCUUAAUUCAAACCUAUUCUUUUCCCUAUCUCUCUCACUCCCUCGAUCAAUAUGUAUAUCCUGCAACUGCUGCUUUGUUUCUGCAUCGAUCAAAAUUAUAUAUAUAUUACUCCAUUUAUCUA